CACUUAUUUUAAUCUUUGAUUAUUAUUGACAUAUGAAAAAUAUAUAUAGAAAAUGAGUAAGAGGAAUAAGCAAAACAGAGGAAAGGUGGAAGGGAAAAAUACUUGUGGCUCAAGAACAUAUGGCGAAGUGGCGGAAAAUACGAGGGAUCCGUUAACUGGAAAAAUGAAGUCUCAUGAUGAGGUAUAUUUUGCUCAACAUACGAGGCAAAACAAAGGAGAAAUAUCAUGGCCG